AUGGCGCACCGCGACCCUGUUGUCGUCAUCUCAUCCUCGCCCGAUUUUCCUUCGAUAUGCGAGCUUCUUCCGAAACCGACCAAGAAACCCACAUUGCGCAGUGGCAGCAAUGCCGCACCAGUCCCAGAAGGCGCGCCGAGCGCGUUCACCACCGCGUCAGCCCUCCGGCAACUUGAGGCGAAGGAUCUUGCGAUACCAGGACGGCUGUUAGGUCCAACGGUCCUGUUGCCGCCGAAGCCCGCCGAGUACUGCAUGGAUGCUGGACCAGCGAGGACAAAGGGGAAAAUACGAGCGGCUGGAACGACGGCAGGGAAGGAAAAGACUCAACAUUUCAAGCCAAAGGAUGACACACUCGGCACUCUGACAAACAACACGGUUGCAGAAGCCCCAGACAAAAAGGUUGCGCGGAAGCCGAGGCCGACCAAGGAUGGAGCGAUGGCGCAACCCACCAUAACCAAGGGGAAGGUUACAAAGCCGGCGGCAAAGGAUGCGCAGACCAAGAAGAAGCCAGAGAUUGUCAGCAGGCACUUUCCUCCCAAGGUUUCGGCUUCAGCGGCUCCUCGCCAACCCCCCGUGGAUCCGAUACACGAUGAGCCAGUCAGUCUCGAGCCAGCAUUGAGGAGGAGGAAGGACUGGACACCUCCGCGCGAGAUUGUUCAUGCACCGCGCCUCGCGGAUUCCUCGGCGGGGAAAGAACUCCCAUCCUCUGCAGGACACGUCGACGGGGCUGUGUUCAGAACAUUGCACGACACUUAUGGACGAAGCGCGGAUACCGAUCUCAGUAUCAGCACUGCAUUACCCUUAGCGGCGGCCGAAAUUCUCGGAAAACGGAAACUUAUCGAAAUGGUGACUCCUGCCGGCAAGCAGAAGAGUCCCGAGCCCUCCCCAACCAAACCCAAAGCAUUGAAGAAGAAACCGCGGACGAUCACGGAGCUGGCAACCGCUGCAUAUCGGCUGCCAGGUGUCGAAUAUGUUUCAGCAGACGAGCCACGGCAGGACUCAUUGCUCGGCUACCUCGAGACCACAACUGGAGAGGCGGAACCAGCGAGCAAAGCUGCGGGGACGAAGCGCAGGGUUUCGAGAAGACCCGCAAAGCCGAAAGCAGAGCAGGCCAAGAAGAAGGAGCAAGCGCCCAAGCAGUUGCUUCUUUCACCUACGAGCGCCAUGCGGCAGGUUGCAAAGCAGGAUUUUGUGUUUGGGACCGCGAGCCAACUGGCCACCGAAGACGACCCGAACCUCCUCAGAGCGCUGCAUGAAGCCAUGAAAGCUUCGAACCAACCGGACAGCGAUCCUUUCAUCAGCCCAGACCCCGCGAAGAGCAACCUUACCAACUGCAAACGACGGGGCCCAGGACUCUGGGCGGCCGGAGCCAGAUACGACGAUGGGAACUCUCUUGACGUGAAUGCGCUGGAUUUGACGCGAUCUUCACCCCUAGCGCAAGCUCUACUUGCGCAGACGGCUGCAUGCGAAGGCCAAGAGCCGAAGGCACAAGAUACAGCGAGCGACAAGGCGUGCAUUGAGAUCGAAAUGUCUGAAGGCACUUUGGAUAUUAGUAACUCGCCGCCAGUUUCACUCCGAAAACAACUUUCUUCUGGCGGAUGCCCCGUCAGCCAAGCAUUCCCGCUCGGUGACUCCAGUCCCUCGGUCCCUGGCCGCCCGCAGACGCCGGCAAACGAAGCUGAUUUUGAGCCACCGCCGAGCAACCAGGAACAACACCAGCUUCUACUGUCCCAGUCCGCCAGCCCACGCCAGGAGCCACCCCAGUUGCCGCCCCGACCAAACUUUGAGCUGUACACGGAUGCUCGCCUCGCCAAAGAAGUCGCCUCGUACGGGUUCAAAGCGGUCAAAAAACGGGCCGCGAUGAUUGCGCUACUGAACCAGUGCUGGGAAAGCAAAAUUAAGACGAGCUUAAGGAGCAAGACGGCCCAAGUGAGCAUGUCGACGGCGACUACCACCCAGGCUGCCUCACCUUUGCGGCCGACAGGGCGGCCAAGGAAAGAUUUUGUGCCCUUACCUUCAGGUGCUGCGACACAACCAGCGCCAACCAUGCCUGGAAGGAACAAGUGUGUUUCGGCCAGCGUUCCCGGGAGCGCACCGCUGGUUGAGAAGCGGCCCCGUGGAAGGCCGAGAAAGGACGCCACUGGAGAGCCAGCUUCCUCGAGGCACGGGAGGAAACAGUCUGCCUCGGCGAGCGACGGGGAAGGGGUAUCUCAUGUCCAGCAACGUCCCCGCGGAAGACCCAAGAAGGGUCCAGUGGCAUCACCGGUAGCAGGCUCACCGGCAAAAGCUCGGUCCUCUACAAACCUUGCCAGAGCAGCAGCGAAACCGCCCGCAUCUGUCCCAACCACUCCCCGGCACCGGACAGACACCGCAAAGUCAUCCAUCGAAAUCCCCAACUCCGACACCGACGAUCUUUUCGCCUCAACACCAGCCUCCUCAGGGUCUAUCCAAGACGACAUCUUCUCCUCUCCGCCAGUCAUGGACCUCUCGGUCACCGAAGACACCGAGUCGUCCCUGAUGGUCAGCCCCACGAGUCAACAGGUGGGGCUCUUCCGGUACAUCACGCAGGCCGUCGUUAGCGGGUCGCCGACGAAGGACCCGGCGAACCCCAGCUGGCACGAAAAGAUGCUGAUGUAUGACCCAAUUGUGCUCGAGGAUCUGACGGCGUGGCUCAACUCUGGGCAGCUGGACCGGGUGGGGUACGAUGGGGAGGUGGCGCCGGGGGACGUCAAGAAGUGGUGUGAGAGUAAGAGCGUCCUUGUUACAUCAAGUUGCAACCUGACACCCCUCACUACGCUGAGCUCUGUGUGGAGCAGAUCGUCCCCAUUUCCCCGGAUCUUGGAUCAGCGCCGAGUGGGGCGGGUGUGGGAAGGUGCCGGGUCACAAGCCUCGGCUGAGCCUCGCGCCAAGUCUCAGUCUCUUUCCUUCCGAGGUAAGCGAUCGUUUCUGGCAAUGCCUACGACGGAGCAGGGACAAGGGGAGAAGAAGACGAAGAAGCAGCCGGCGCAGUUGCGGCCAAGUGCAACCCCGGCCUUUCACGAGGAUGGUCCGGCCUACCGGUUAGCUGCCAUCCGCGAGAUGUUUGAGGAAAGUGGCAUCUUGCUCGCGAGGAAGUCCGGGGGCAGCUUGGACGAAGGGCUGCUUCAGGUCCCGGAUGACGUCCGAGAGGCGGGGAGGAAACUCGUCUACGGGAAUCAAGUGAGGUUUACGGAGUGGCUGGAAAGCCAGGGCGGUGAGCCCGACGUGGAAAACCUCAUCCCCUUCACGCGCUGGAUCACCCCCUACGGCCCCCCAAAACGCUUCACCACCCAAAUGUACCUUUACAUGCUCCCCCUCUUACCAUCCGAAACCGCCCCUUCCGAGCUUCCACCCCUCCCAAACAACCAGCAGCAUUCUAAUACCACUGCCAUCAUCCCCACCCCAACUCACGACGGCGGACUCGAACACACAGCCGCCACCUUUGACGACGCACGCACCUGGCUCGCGCGGGCGCGAUCGGGCGACAUCAUCCUCUUCCCGCCGCAGUUCUACCUCCUGCAUCUGGUCUCCGACUUUCUGCAGCCACCACCAUCCUCAAAGCCACCACCCUCCAAGCAGACACAACAUCCCGAUAAUACUCUUUCUCUGAGAGAAUACUAUCAGUCCCAGCGCGAAGUCCUACUAACGUUCCUGCGCAGCGUCCCUACAUCACAGGUAGUCGAUACAGCGCGCACCGACACGAUACCGUGGCCGGAUAAGGUCAUGAGUCCUACGUUGCUGUUCAAGCGAAAAGGGGAUGGGAGGUUGGUGCUGGGGUUGGAUAAGCCCGGGCCCGAGUUGAAGGACUCGAGCAGGGGCGGGGACUGGGAGAGGGUGGUGCUGGUGGAUCUUCGGAAGGAGGGGCCGGGGGAUGUGGAGGUUCGAGGGCGGGAGGAGGUGUUGAGGGAGGAGAACGGGGACGCGGAAGGGGAGGGGGCGAAGUUGUAG